AUGCUUUAUUCCUUCUGCCGAAUUGCAGAUGACUUGGUCGACGAGGCCGGAGAUCGAAAGAAUGCCUCAGAUGUCCUCGACCAGUGCGCUUUGGAGCUGGAACGUCGCUUUACAUCAAAGGUGGACUGCGUUGAACAAGGAUACUCCAAGUACCCGGAGCUCACCCAAGCGAUAAAAAAUUUACCCGCAACAAGACUGCGCAUUGAGCCAUUACAAAGUCUUCUUGAAGGAUUCCGCACGGAUCUAAGAUUUGAUAGCGAGUCCAAUUCGUUCCCCAUUCAUUCAGAGCAAGACUUGGACAACUACGCCUAUCAUGUCGCAGGCACAGUGGCUGCAAGCAUGAUAGACUUGCUCGUACACCAUUUCCCUUGCUAUGCACAUGCUACGAACGAUACAGUGAAAAAUGAGACCCUGGCAGCAGCAGAAAUGAUGGGUCGAGCGCUACAGUUAGUCAAUAUAGCGCGAGACAUUGAAAGAGAUAUUGCGAUAGGUCGAGUUUACAUUCCUACUACCUGGCUCAAGCAAGAAGGUAUCACGCCUGCGGAUGUAAUCAGAGGUCAACAGACUGAAUCUGUUGAGCGCUUGAGGGAGCGUGUCCUUAUCAAAGCCCAGGACUACCACGAUCGUUCAUUACCAGCGCUAGCCUCCCUACCGGUAGAACUUCAAGGCCCUCUACGCGCGGUAAUCGAAAAUUACAUGGAGAUUGGGGCUGCUCUCAAGCGUGGACAUCGCUCCGGGCCUGUCAGGAAGCUUAAGUUGUCUUUGUGGCGUCGGUUACUGGUCACCUAUCGUGCCAUGAUGGCUUGA